GAACUCAGACCCUUGCACUUGCCAGGGAAGCACUUAUUCUACUGAACCAUCUCCCCAGUCCCCGACCUGCUAAUCUCACAAGUGAUUUUUACUACAGCUUAUCUGUGACCUAGUGAAAAAGCAUAAAGAUACUGAGCUGUUACGUGCUGAAUAUAACUGGAUUUCAACAACAUGGCUGGAGCAAAGAGUAAGGCUAGGGGCCAGGCCAAAAGUGGGAAAAGGACAAAAGCAAAAGCACAGGCUAAAACUGGAGCAGAGAAGGAGGUUACUGCUGCAGUCAAACCAGUAGCCAAGACCCGAUCCAAAACAAAAUCCAAAGCAGGGCAUAAAGCAGAUGUAGUGGCAGAGGUGAAGGUAACAUCUAAAAACAAGGUUGUUGCUGAGAUGAAGGAAGGGGCAGUGUCAGAGCCCAAGGCUCCAGUGAAAGCAGUGAGAGAUGUAAGUUCCAAGGCUGAGAAUCGGGUCACCAGCUCCACAUGUAAAGAUAAGGUUGGUGUUGAUAACUGGCUCUGGGCUGGGGAAGAGGACAGCAUCAAUACCUGGGGCUGGAAGGGAGAAAAGGCUGGCAAUCAUUCCAGUGCUAAAGAUAAAAGUAAAGCUGAUACCCGUCCUCAGGUAUGUGCUGAGGAGUCUGUGGCUGGAGCCACUUGUAAGUCUACGUCAGGGGUUGAUGAAGAAGAAGAGAAUGUUAUAGGGAACUGGUUUUGGGAAGGAGAUGACAAUAGUUUUGACCCUGAGCCCAAACCUGUAUACAGGAUAAUUAAACCUCUGCCUAAGAUUGAAAUUAAUCAAGAAAAUAGACCCAAGGACUGGUCUGAGGUGACUAUCUGGCCCAAAGCCCCUGCUGUAACACCAGCAGUGCUAGGAUUUAGAUCCCAGACCCCAGCUGAGACAAGACCUUCUUCAUAUGUUGUUGUUUCCUCAGCUGAAGGACGAAGCCGUUCUGGGUCUGGAGCAGCAGCUUGCUCUUCUGGGAAUGAUUGCUCAAGCUCACUGUCUAUUCCUGAGUUCCCAUUUAGUUCUGAGCCAUGCCUCCAGACCAUUGAUGAAAUUAGGGAGCAAAUUAGGAUCAGGGAAGCGAAUGGUAUUAAGCCAUUUGCUUGCCCUUGCAAAAUGGAAUGCUACUUGGAUUCUAAAGAGUUUGAAAAACUUGUAAGCAUACUUAAGUCAACCACUGAUCCUCUCAUUCAUAAAAUAGCACAGAUUGCAAUGGGCAUCCAUAAUGUUCAUCCAUUUGCCCAAGAAUUCAUUAAUGAAGUGGGUGUGGUGACACUUAUUGAAAGCUUGCUCAGUUUUCCUUCCGCUGAAAGGAGAAAGAAAACUGUAAUUACUCUGAAUCCUCUUUCAGAGGAUGAAAGACAGCGCAAGGUUGAAUUACAUGUUAAGCACAUGUGUAAGGAAACUGUGUCUUUCCCCUUGAACUCACCUGGACAGCAGACUGGAUUAAAGAUACUUGGGCAACUGACUACUGAUUCUGUCCAUCACUAUAUUGUUGCCAGUUACUUUUCAGAGCUUCUCAAUUUGCUGUCUCAGGGAAAUCGUAAAACCAGAAAUCUUGUUUUAAAAGUACUUUUGAAUAUGUCUGAAAAUCCAAUUGCAGCCAGAGAUUUGAUCAAUAUGAAGGCACUGGCAGUAUUGAAGCUCAUCUUUAAUCAGAAAGAGGCAAAAGCCAAUCUCGUUAGUGCUGUGGCCAUAUUUAUUAACAUAAAGGAGCACAUAAGGAAGGGCUCCAUUGUAGUUGUUGAUCACCUGAGCUACAAUACCCUUACUGACAUUUUCCGUGAAGUUAAAGAGAUUAUUGAAACAAUGUAAAGUGAGCCAGAAAUGAAAGAACAGAUUCUGAUGUAUAUUCCAAAGACCCUUGCAUUUACCAUUAUAGUAUACACGGUAAACAUUACAUCUUCAGCAGUGUUCUUGUGAGACUCUUAGCUCUGAGCUAGAAUAUUUUUGUGUGUAUUAAAUGAUAUUAACAUCUGAAAGUACUUGUUGAUUUUUGUGUUGUCUAGAUGGGCAUAUUUAAAAUUUUACUUCACUAGGUAAGCCAGCUAUUUCAAGUAAGCUUAGCUUCAUCAUUAAUAUCUGCUUAGAUACAUUUGUGGCUUCAAAUGGCAAAAAAGAAAAUGUUGCAUUUGUAAUCCAGUUACAAAAAUAAGGUAUAUGAACAAAAAUAAUAGUACCUAUAGGUAUAUUUGUGGCGUGUGUGUAUGUAUAUAUGUACCCUAUCACUGUAGUAUAAGGAGCAGGGGUUGUUGUGAGGGAUCUGUAUUUUUCUCCUAUUCCAGAGACACUGGAACUCAAGCAAAAUAACUGAAUCUCAGACAAAAUGUGACCUUAGUUAACAUUUUACAUUUUAGUUAUUACAUUUACAGCUCUUAGUUAGGCAGUUUCAUUGUGCCAUAGUUAAUUUACAGAAGUAAGAAGUAGACGUGGAGAGAAGACACUAGAUGCUCUUUGUCAGACAUUAUGUUGGCACUAUGUUUUUUUAAGUUUUUUUCCUCUUGCAGUGAUCAUGUGAAUAAAAUACUAGUUUUGUAUUGGAACUCAUUCUGGGCAUCCUUCAAGGAGAAUUACAGUGGUUAAAUACUCUCUUCUUGACCCUCAUAACAGGCAGUUGAUAUAGCUGUUUUGUCUAACACCAACCCCUAGCUCUCAACACCUAGCUUACAGUACUUCAAUAUUUUUUAGGUAAUGGUAUUCAAAGCUCACAGAGCACUUAGUUUUAAUGGUUUAAUUUUGGGGUGGGUGGCAUCUUUGCAAGAUGUUACAAUUCUUAACUUCUUCCAAAUGUCCACUAGAUAUUUGGCUAUAGUUAGCUCUAGGUCAGGAGGAAAGGCUGAGAUGGAUGUGUAUAUUUUGCCUUCACGUACCCAGGAAAUACUUGGUACCCAAAAAUUUGUUAAACAAGAUGUAGAAGUGGGUCAUACAAGGAAGUAAAAUGUUAUAUAGCCUACCUUUUUCUAUCCGUUAUUUUAAAGAACUGGAAUUGUUCUAAAUAUUAUUUAACACGCUGCAUUUAGAAGGUAGUUGAUUUCUUUACAAAAUUAUGCCUUUCUUAACUAACACUUAGAUUUAUUUUAUGAAUCACAUGAAAAUCCAAAACAUCUUUUACUAGCAGGCAAGCCCAGUUUGCAUUUGAACUAGCUAAAAGAGAAUAAACUUAAUUGGAAAAAUUGGAAUCCAUAAUUGAAGUUCCACCAAUAUAGAAUAGGAAGGCAAGGAGAAAUGUUACUGUCUCAGAGUACAAGAUAAUGAUUCCCAGAAGUCUAUAGCUCAGAAAACAUUUCAGGGCUUUGGGGC